GUGGCGCUCUGGCACGCUUGCGCGGCGAGUAGAACGUGUGGCGGCGGCGGAGAUCGCGUCUCCUCUUUUGCUCCCAGUCCCGCUGGUGUUCUAGUGUGCGCCUGGCGCUUCUGUCCAGCCCACCGACGGUAGCCUGUCGCCUGCCUGCUCCUUGUCGCUGCAAGCGCCGACACCCACCCUGACACUUCCAGUCCGGCCGGCCGCCCCACUCGCUGCCUUUCCAGCUCCACACAUGGCCUCCUCCGCGCAGAGCAGCGGCUCCUCCGGGGGACCCGCGGUCCCCACCGUGCAGCGGGGCAUCGUCAAGAUGGUCCUCUCUGGGUGCGCCAUAAUUGUCCGAGGGCAGCCCCGGGGUGGUCCUCCUCCUGAGAGGCAGAUCAACCUCAGCAACAUUCGAGCUGGAAAUCUUGCCCGUCGGGCAGCUGCCACACAACCAGAUGGGAAGGACACCCCGGAUGAGCCCUGGGCAUUUCCUGCCCGAGAGUUCCUUCGCAAGAAGCUGAUUGGGAAAGAAGUCUGUUUCACGAUAGAAAACAAGACUCCCCAGGGACGAGAGUAUGGGAUGAUCUACCUAGGAAAAGAUACUAAUGGGGAAAACAUUGCAGAGUCGCUAGUUGCAGAAGGCUUGGCCACCCGGAGAGAAGGCAUGAGAGCCAACAACCCAGAGCAGAACCGGCUUUCAGAAUGCGAGGAACAAGCAAAGGCAUCGAAGAAAGGGAUGUGGAGUGAGGGCAACGGUUCACACACCAUCCGGGACCUCAAGUACACCAUUGAGAACCCAAGGCACUUUGUGGACUCACACCACCAGAAGCCAGUCAAUGCUAUCAUUGAGCAUGUUCGAGACGGCAGUGUGGUCCGGGCCCUGCUCCUUCCAGGUCACCACCUUGUCACCGUCAUGCUCUCAGGGAUUAAGUGCCCAACCUUCCGUCGGGAAACAGAUGGGAGUGAAACGCCGGAGCCCUUCGCUGCAGAAGCCAAGUUUUUCACCGAGUCUCGACUGCUUCAGAGAGAUGUUCAGAUCAUUCUGGAGAGCUGCCACAAUCAGAACCUUCUGGGUACCAUCCUCCACCCGAAUGGUAACAUCACUGAACUCCUCCUGAAGGAAGGUUUUGCCCGCUGUGUGGACUGGUCAAUUGCAGUUUACACCCGGGGUGCAGAAAAGCUGAGGGCAGCUGAGAGGUUUGCCAAGGAGCGCAGGCUGAGAAUAUGGAGAGACUAUGUGCCUCCCACUGCUAAUUUGGACCAAAAGGACAAGCAGUUCGUUGCCAAGGUCAUGCAGGUUUUGAAUGCUGAUGCCAUUGUUGUGAAGCUGAAUUCUGGAGACUACAAGACCAUCCACCUGUCAAGCAUCCGACCACCAAGGUUGGAGGGAGACAACAUACAGGAUAAGAACAAGAAGCUCCGGCCCCUGUAUGACAUCCCCUACAUGUUUGAGGCCCGCGAAUUUCUUCGAAAAAAGCUCAUUGGGAAGAAGGUCAAUGUGACUGUGGACUACAUUAGACCAGCCAGCCCAGCCACAGAAACGGUGCCUGCCUUUUCCGAGCGUACCUGUGCCACUGUCACCAUUGGAGGAAUAAACAUUGCUGAGGCCCUCGUCAGCAAAGGCCUGGCCACAGUGAUCAGAUACCGGCAGGAUGACGACCAGAGGUCUUCACACUACGAUGAGCUGCUAGCUGCAGAGGCCAGAGCUAUUAAGAAUGGCAAAGGAUUACACAGCAAGAAGGAGGUGCCCAUCCACCGAGUUGCAGACAUUUCUGGGGACACCCAGAAAGCAAAGCAGUUCCUGCCCUUUCUUCAGCGGGCAGGCCGUUCUGAGGCUGUGGUGGAGUAUGUCUUCAGUGGCUCUCGCCUCAAGCUCUAUUUACCUAAGGAGACCUGCCUCAUCACCUUCCUGCUGGCCGGCAUUGAAUGUCCCAGAGGAGCACGGAAUCUCCCGGGCUUGGUGCAGGAAGGAGAGCCAUUCAGCGAGGAGGCCACACUUUUCACCAAGGAACUAGUGCUGCAGCGAGAGUUACUUGAAAUUAAUCAUGGUCCGAAAAUAUCAAAUGGAAAAUUCUAGAAAUGAACAAGUUAGAGCUGUCGAGAUAACCCAGUGAGUGGCAAGUCCAUUCAAUGCCCAAGACUGAGCACGAGGGAUGAAGAGAAGCAACAUUCCUGUGACCUCUCUAUGCUUGCUCUAUGUGGCAUGCCUAUGCCACACCAUAGGAAACAAACAGACUGUACACUAAAAAUAAUUUACAUGAUUUAAAUUCUGUAUCAUCUUGAGCAACGGUAUGAUCAAAUUUCAAGACGCCUGCUGUAUGUUGUCUGUGAUAGAAACCCCACUUUCUGUUCGGUGUGCCCACCCCUUACAUACUAUGGUAGGACUAUCACUCAGCUCUUGUCUUGAGACUGAAUGAAGGGCCUGGUGCUCAGUGCUAACGUAACAAUGGCCCAGGAGUGAUAAUAGGACUGAGACAUGUGUUCCAUAGGGAAGCUGCAGGUGUAAGAAGAUACUGAGAAGCAGAAAACUACAUUCAUACAAGUUUAAUUGCCACAAGCCUUCGUGAUUUUUUUUUUUUAUAAUAGUAGUUCUUAGUUUCAUCCUGGACCUAAUUUAUAAAUUAAAAUUGAUCAUUGUACGCGGAUAGAAGGAGAAAUGUAGUGCAAUAUGUUUAAGGGUUAAGAUACUCCCCAUGGUUUCAGACACCACUUGAGGUCUUGGGCAGAUCCCUUAUUGAUAAGAGAGAACUGAUAGAUCAAUACUUAGAUUGUAUUGAAAGUGGGACUGGUUUCAAUGGCCCAGAGAGUAAAGGCACUCAUCACCAAGCCUGAUGACCUAAAUUUGAUUCCCAAGACCCAUUAGGAAGAAGGAGAGAACUGACUCCAGUAAGUUACACACACACACACACAUGCACACAAUCACACACACAAUACAUACAUACAUACAUACAUACAUACAUAAAACUUUUAAAAUGGCUAACUAAAGGGCUGGAGGGAUAGUUCCGUGAUUAAGAGUGCUUACUGCUCUUUCAGAGGACCAGAGUUUGGCUCUCAGCACCUGUCUUGGUUAGGGAUUUAUUGCUGUGAACAGAAACCAUGACCAAGGCAACUCUUAUAAGGAUGACAUUUAAUUGGGGCUGGGUUACAGGCUCAGAAGUUCAGUCCAUUAUCAUCAUGACAGGAACAUGGCAGCAUUCAGGCAGGCAUGGUGCAGGAGGAGCUGAGAGUUCUACAUCUUCAUAGAAGGCUGCUAGGGGAGACUAGCUUCCAGGCAUCUAGGAUGAGGGUCUGAAGCCCACACCCACAGUGACACACCCACUCCAACAAGAUCACACCUCCAAAUAGUGCCACUCCCUGGGCCAAGCAUAUCCAACCCAUCAUAGCACCCAUGUUAGGCACCUCUCAACAACUGAUAACUCCAGCUCUGUGGGAUCAGAUGCCACCUGGCCUCUGGCCUAUGGGAACCUGGUGCACAUAUGUGCACAGAGAAAUUCAUAACAAUCACAAAUAAUAAAAUAAACAUUUAAAGGACUAAAUAGCUAUAAUAAUUAGCAAACCUUAUUUUUAGAUUAUCAAAAAUAUAUCCAUGCACAUCACCUUUUCUUUAUCCUCUGAGAUAGCUGCUAUUACAAUUGUUGUGGGUUUUUCAAAACAACAACAACAACACCCUUUUAAUCCCUUCUAGAAGGCCCAGGUCUGAUCAAAGCACCCACAGGGAUAGCAACCAUCUAUAACGCCAGUUCCAAGGGUUGUGGCACUGCACAAGCUUCGAUGCAGACAAAACAACUAAGAAUACACAUAGAAAUAAAUAAAAGUAUCUUAACG